CAAAAGUGUCAAAACAAAAACUGAGCAGAAACAAAACACAAAACAAUAUAGGACCUACCUAGUUUGUUUAGUUUUUAGGAUUGUAUGGUGUGGUGCGGUGCUAAAUAAAUUAGAACGUUAAUCUAAAACUAUCAUUAAAAUGCCUAAAGCAGUCCGCGAAUUACUCCAAAAUGGGCAUUCUUACGACGAGCCAGAUCGGAUGCCGAAGAACAUAUCGAUAACCAAUUUAGACCUGAUUAUGUACGUAGUGGCGAUCAUCGGUCAUUUUGUGGACCUGGCAGUGGACCUGAAUGUGGCUGUGAGGUACUACUUAGCAAAGGAAAUGGAAGCAUUUGGGUGGACGCUCGCGUUUAUUUUGUUUCCCGCCUUUGUGAAUACUGCUGUGUCAAUAAGGAUGUACUCCCAAGACAAGCAGCAGGAUUCGCUGACAAAUGAAGUGACUCGCCGUCAUUGGCUCCGGAUCUUCAUACUGGUGCUGCAAAUGGCACCAAUCCUGAGGUUCACUGACGCUCUUAUAUACGCAGUAAAGUCUCGCCGGGCUGAGCGCAAGAACGACCCGGCGUCCCAGCGCCUCUACUACCACCUGAUGCUGAAGGAGGACUCCGACGCCGCGUUGCUGCGGAUAUUCGAGUGCUUCCUAGAGGCCUGUCCGCAGCUGGUACUGCAGACCGCCAUCAUGCUGAUGGGACACCAGCAGUUCACUUUGCACCAGUCCCUGUCAAUGACCUCGUCAUUGGUCGGCAUGGGCUGGUGCCUGGCGGCGUACCAGCGCGCGGUGCGGUUCGCGCAGGAGGACAAGCUCAACGUCACGUGGUGCGGCUCCGCUAUGCAGACCGUGUGGCAUUACCUGCUUACGUUAAGCAGAGUGAUGUCCGUAGCUGUAAUCUCUCAUCUAUUUCCGUACUGGACAGUCCUGGCGUGUUCCAUACACAUCCUAGUGAUGACGUCAUGGAUACAACUCUACGAACGGCCAAUAUUCUGCGCUCAGACAAGGAUAGCAGAGAUAUCCUUCUCUUUCGCACUCGGCUGCGUGUACCUCUUCACAUAUAUUUUAUCCGUCGAAGGCAGAACCAGGUACAGAUAUGCAAUGUAUUAUACUAUGUGUUUUAUAGAAAAUUCCGCGUGUGGAGUCCUAUGGUAUUUAUAUAUUAGGGACGAAAUAAGGUAUUCCACUGUGUUUUAUAUAGUUCUAGUAUUAAUAGUAGUGCCUUAUGUGUUGGGUGUGACAGUUAUGGUGGUAUACUAUUCCUUUUUACAUCCGACGUUGAGGAAUAAGAAUGAGGCGGUGUCUGUGGCGUUCAAAGUCAACGAUCAGACUUUUGAGGCUAGUUGAUUUGUGAAUUAAUUUUGUUUUACGUACCCUGAUACUCAUAUAUUAAAACCUAUUUUCUUAAGUUUACAAACAUUAAGAAAAACUAAGAUUUUUGAAAUGUGAUUCUUUCUUAUACCUUGUUUGUUUUUACUUACGUUAUAGGAAUAUGCGCCUGGCGUGUUUGUGGCACGUUAGGUACAUUGUUACAGCAUUGGCGUAUAGUAUUAAUUUUAUUAUUAGUCUUAGAUUUUUUUAAUGAUAAAACGAUGCAUCCCUGUAAUUCUUUAUCAAUAAAAAGAUAUAACGAAUGUUAAGUUAAACUCGGGCCAAAUUAUUUGAAUAGCAAUCAAGUAAGAACAUUAAGGAGAGCGAGAUUUUUCAAUUUAAUGUUUGUUUUUCCGCAUUUACGUUUAUUUAUAGUUUUUAUUUUGAUAAGUCUUAGUUUUCCUUUGAAUAAAAACGUUAUAAUCAUGCCAAUCUCCUGUUUGUCGAGAUUAUGCUAGGCAUAAUAUAAGUUUGACUUUUCAUCAAAAUGUGUAGGCUCUCAUAAUUUAAAAAAGAACUAGUUUUGAACACAAAUUAGUUUAAGGUACUUAAAUCAACUGUAUUCUUUGAAGAAUAAAAUUCAGUUUUUGUAAGCUCAGUCUAGAUAAACUAAAACACACAUUUGAUGGAAAAUCAGCUGUAGUUAGUAAAUGAUAAGACUGCAUAUUGAUAUCUAAUUUUAAUUUAGUUAUUAUAUUCAUAUUCCAAGUAAGAAUUUUUGUAUAGAUAAUGUAAUAAUCAAAAUAAUCUUAACAUUUGCCAAAUUUUUCGUCGGGUUUGAUACGUAAUAAUGAUACUGAAUACUCAACCAAGUGCUUAAAGAACUCUGCUUUUUAUUUUCGUACAGUUUUCAAGAUCUUAAAGCAAAAAAUGUAACAUACAAAGCAGAUAUUGUACGUAUGUUAAUAUAUUGUCAAUAUCUACUCACAACUAGAAUAACUUCAUUCGCCCUGCAGUACAGACAGAUGAAGUUUAAAUAAAUAUUUUGUUUCAUAAACAAUAUUGUACAAAAUCUAGAUUUAAAAUAGUAACUCAUAAUUAUGAAUUUAAGAUAUUCUCUCUCUCUCUCUCAUUUGAGCGUUAUUUCCCCAGCUGUUGAGCGUCGGAGCCCAGGGUCCACUAUAAUUUUAAUAUAUUAUAUGUGCCUAUUUUAUUGUAUUACUAUGUUUGGAAUGUGUAUAUUAUCUGAGAAUCUCACUGAAUCUUUAAAUGAAUUCAGUACAAGUAGUAUGGCAAUAAUCAUUAUGUUAAAGGCAAUUUGCAACUAGACAAUUUCAUCAGCCAUUGUGAAAAAAUAAUGUUGUCCACGGCUCCGCCCGUGACGUAAACUAGACCACACCAAAUAACACUUUAAUCCAGUGCUCCAUUUAGGUGCAAAUGUACAAGCAAAACACUUUAUUAUUAGUGCUAAGGAUAUAUGUAGAUACAGUAAAGGUGCAUACCAGUAAAUAUUAUCAUUGCCAAAUUGCAAUUUUAUACUUUUUUAAUAAAAUGUUUUGCAAUGA